AUGGGUACUUGCGGUGGAAUAUGUGGACAGAGCAAUCCUGAGAAUACGAUUGUAAAAAUUUAAUAAACCAAUAUGGGGGAUGUAGAUAAUUAAAUUGAGAUGGGAUUAUAAAUGGCAGAUGAAGGUGUUUUAAUAACAAAUUAAUAAAGAGUUCAGGAAGUGUAGAAUUAAACAAAUUUAAAUCAUGAAAAUCAAUUAGACGAGACUUAAAAGAGACAUUCUUUCAAUUUUGAUGAAAUUAAAACUUAAAUAUUAUAGAUGUCAGUUCUCGACAAAUUUGAACCUGUUACUUUAGAAUCUGGGGCCAUUUUUAUCGGAUAAUGGUAGAAUGAACAGAGGCAUGGUUGGGGGAAAUAGCUAUGGCCAGAUCAAUCAGUGUAUGAGGGAGAAUGGGUUAAUGACAAGGCUUGCGGAAAAGGGAAACUGAUUCAUGCUGAUGGAGAUGUGUAUGAAGGGGAAUGGGUUAAUGACAAAGCUAAUGGAUUAGGCAGAUAUUGUCAUUUGAAUGGAGCAAUAUAUGAAGGAGAGUGGAAGGAUGAUAAAUAACACGGUUAUGGAGAGGAGCAAUGGCCAGAUGGUUCAAAAUAUAAAGGAUAAUAUGAAGAUGGUAAGAAACAUGGUAAAGGGAAAUUAUAAUUUGCCGAUGGAUCAUUUUACAAUGGAGAAUUCAAUCAGAAUGAAAUACAUGGGAAAGGUAGUUUAUUAUAGGUUAUAUAAGGUCGAUAUGUUUGGGCAGAUAAAAGGGAGUAUGAAGGAGAAUGGAAUAACAAUAAAAUGCACGGGAUUGGAAUAACGAAAUGGCCAGAUGGGAAAAUAUAUGAUGGGGAAUAUAAGAAUGACAAGAAAGAAGGUUAAGGCUCCUUCUUUUGGCCAGAUGGGAGAAAGUACAUAGGGUAAUGGUUGGAUGGCAAACAACAUGGGAGAGGAACCUUUACAAAAGUAGAUGGAGAAAGUCGUCAAGGAGAAUGGGUGGAUGGAAAAAGAAUCAGAUGGUUAGAGGUUGAGGAACAAUAAUCAGAUUGA